CCAAUAAGAGUGGAGGAGGGCCAGGGUGUGGACCAAUCAGUGGGUGGGAGGGCAGUUUAAACCUCCACAACACCGCCACAUGAACUUUAAAAGUCCCAGCGUGAAGCCGGGUCGCCCAACGCUGCCCUCUCACGCCGUAGACCUCGCCAGUGUCGUCCUCGAACAGUGGCCGCCAUGCCUCACAGGAUCUACUACUCUGACAAGUACUACGACGAGAAGUAUGAGUACAGACAUGUCAUGUUGCCUAAGGAUUUGUCCAAAUUGGUUCCCAAGACACACCUCAUGUCUGAAUCUGAAUGGCGUAGCCUAGGUGUACAGCAGAGCCAAGGGUGGGUUCACUACAUGAUUCACGAGCCAGAGCCCCACAUCUUGUUGUUCCGACGACCCAUCACUACACCACCACCCAAAAUGGAAGAGGAAGAGGAGGAGGAAGAAUAAACCUGGUGCCUUGAACAUGAUCUUGUUUUGUCCUGACUGACUGAUGUGAUGAACCCUCUCUCCUCACCAAGUAUAUUAUUCCUUAGAAAUACUUUUAUCUUGUUUGAACACUAUCUUUUUUUCAUGCUGUGAAUGAAAUGGUUCAGUAUUUAAUGAAACGUCCAAAAUCAUUAAUUGUACAAAUAGUUUUAAGAGGCUGAUUUUGGAUAAGUGUUGCUGAACUUGGCUGUGUUUCAUUGAGGAGGAAUUUAGUUAUUUUUUUUUGCAUCUUCAUUAAACUUUUGUUUUCACAUUGUGUGUUUGACUUGUUUGAAUUUAGUCUCAACCUGAAUUGUUUCAUAUUGUUCAAAUACAAGUUUUUAUAAC